AUGGCGAUCCACUACUUGAUUCUGCUGUCCCGUCAGGGGAAGGUGCGCCUCGCCAAAUGGUUCACCACGCUGUCCCCCAAGGACAAGGCCAAGAUCGUCAAGGACGUAUCACAGCUGGUCCUCGCCCGAAGAACUCGCAUGUGCAAUUUCUUGGAAUACAAAGACACCAAGAUUGUAUACCGACGAUACGCAUCGCUCUUCUUCAUCGCCGGCUGCUCAUCCGAAGACAACGAGCUCAUCACCCUCGAAAUCAUCCACCGAUACGUCGAGCAGAUGGACAAGUACUACGGCAACGUGUGCGAGCUCGACAUCAUCUUUUCAUUCACAAAGGCAUACUACAUCCUCGACGAACUGCUUCUUGCGGGAGAGCUACAGGAGAGCAGCAAGAAGAAUGUGCUGCGCUGUAUCGGACAGCAGGAUUCACUGGAAGACAUGGAGGUCGAAGAUGAGGUCACCAAGCUCAUGUAA